AGUCGUCGACCACGCAUUUUAUGCGAGAUUGGGAAACUUCUCUAUAAACAAUAUAUACCACAUACCAUAUUAUAUAAUUCGCCAGGUACAAGUUGAUUGUCACCUCUCAGAGAAAAGUCAGCUGAAGAGAGCAACAAUGGCGGAUUCAUCAGCACCAUUCUUGACCCAUCUUGAAGACGACGAAGAAGAGACUUCUCCACCGUUGAACUUCGACAAGAUUUUCGAACAAAGCUUGUCUGAUUUCAACUUGUCACAGUUUCUACAAGUGAUUCUUGUCGGACUUGCUUUAACAUUCGAUGCACAACAGAUAUUCAUCACCGUCUUAACUGAUGCAUACCCCACAUGGCAUUGUGUUGACCACACUUUGUGCACUCCCGCAACCACCGACAUCUGUAAACUCCCUCGGUCAGCUUGGGAUUGGGACUGCGGGUUCAAGGGUAAAUCCGUCAUUUCAGAGUUCGAUCUCGAGUGUUCGAGCUCCUUCCUUAGAAGUUUCCCUACGUCUGCUUUCUACAUGGGUUCUAUCGUUGGAGGGGUUUUCAUGGCUAUGAUUCUAGACGGUUUCUUGGGGAGGAAGCAACUGCUUUUCUACACAACCCUAGCAAUGUCGCUCACUGGAAUCUCGAUUUUCUUCUCCACCAGCAUAUGGACCUACGCUUUCUUAAAGUUCGCCAUCGGAGUCGCGCGUUCUCAGACCGGGACGUACGCGUUUAAUCUCAUAGGCGAGCGAGUCUCCACCAAAUGGAGACCGAGAGCUACUAUGGUACCAUUUACUCUGUUUGUUUUAGGGUUUAUGUCUCUCUCCGGAAUCGCCUUCCUUGUUAGACACGCUUCUUGGAGGUUUAUCUAUCUCUGCACAUCAGUUCCAGCAGCUAUCCACAGUAUUCUUAUCUACUUCUUCGCCUUAGAGUCUCCACGUUGGCUUCAUGUACAAGGAAACAACAAAGAAGCCAUUGAAGUGCUCAAAAGAAUCUCACCUGGAAAGAGAGGUUACUUGGAGACAGUAUCGUCUAGGUUACGUUCAAAAGAAACCAUAGAACAAUCUCCAAGCGGCUCGAUCAUGGACUUGUUCAUCAGAAGAUGGGCUUUUCGAAGAAUUGUAGUUGUUAUGAUCAUAACGUUCGGGUUAGGAAUGAUGUAUGACGGAGUUCCAUUAGCCGUUAGAGACAUUAAAUUUUUUUUGGAGAUUCUCUUAAGCGAAGCUCUUAACGCAAUGGUGGAGUUACCUACCUUUGUUAUCACACCGAUAUUGCUAGAGAAGUUCAACAGAAGAAGCUCCGUGCUUGUGAACUGCUUGGUGGGAGGAGCACUAAAAGUGUUCUGUUUCGUCUUGACCACGUUAGGGCGAACAAACAUGGCUUUUGUCUUUGAACUUGGCUCUUUCUUCUGCGCUAGGAUCGGGUUUAACUUGACGGCGGUUUAUUUGAUUGAGAUGUUUCCAACAUGCGUGAGGAACUUCGCGACGACGAUGCUUAGACAAGCGCUUGUAAUCGGAGGAGCUUGUUGUCCGAUCAUUGCUUCGGUUGGAAGAAAUGUUCCGUCCAUCUCUUUUGCGGUUUUCGGGUUUGUUGUGUCGGGUCUAGGGAUUUUUGCUUUGCUUCUUCCUGAGACUAAGGGGGCAAGUCUUUGUGAUACAAUGGAUGAACAAGAGCAGAGUGACCAAGCCUUGAAGACUGGCCAUGUUAGUUGCUAAAAAUGUUACACUAAACUCUGUUGUGCUACACUAUAGAAGUAACCAAACCUACCGGUUCAGCUCCGAUUGGUAAAACCAUAUUUAUUUUCUGUCUAUUUCAUAUGUGGAAGUGAAACCUACAAUGUUAUAUAUUAAUAAAUGGAACUCUUUCGAUAAUUUCUAGGUUUUCUAGCAGACAUCUCUCUUUGUUAUUCUCAGUAUCGUUAGAUUAGGGGAUUUAGUCUAGAAUCGGAAAAUAUACAUUAUGUUAUAAAUCAUGGAGUGGAUUGCCAUUAACCAGACCCGGCCCAAGACCGGCCUAAUACCUAGAAGAUGGAGAGAUGGCUGAAGUCC